UCAGCCGUCCAGCAGGAAAGUCAAAGAGCUUCCUGCUCAGCACCUCCUGCAGGAGCAGAAACCGUCUGAAUCUUCAGAGAUGCAGCAGUUAUGGGAAGACAUCAAAUCUGCUCUUUCCAUCAGUGGGCCGAAGAUGAAGGAGAAACUAGGGAGCAGCGAGGAGCUGCAUGAUUCUCCUCUCAGAUCUGAUCGCUGUGCUGCAAACGAGGAUCAGGCUUCAGCAGACGUGCUCUUCAGUCACGGCGUGUGCAACUGGCCUGGUUGUGAAUCAGUUUGUGAAAAUGGCCGCCAGUUUUUCACGCAUCUGAGCAGUGAACACAGGUUGGAUGAGCGGAGCACCGCCCAAUGCCGAGUCCAGAUGCAAGUAGUCCAGCAGCUCCAGCUGCAACUCUGCAAAGAGCGGCAGCGUCUGCACGCCAUGAUGACUCACCUGCAUCUGCCUUGGCUGCAGCCUCAGUCACCUCAAUCUGAUGCAGCUGCAGACCUUCUGGGCUCACAGCUCCGCCCAGCAGCGUUCACCUCCAAACCUCGGAGCGUUGCCAGGUCUCCACCUCGAGGCUGUGAGGAAGAGGGGCCCAUUUUCAGAUACUCCCCGAGGGCCAUGAGGCAUCAUCCCCCUCUGUUCUCUCUGUCUUCAGAAAAUGAGUAUGAGCUCUACAGGAACGCUGACAUCAGACCCCCCUUUACCUACGCAGCCCUGAUCCGACAGGCCAUAAUAGAAGCCUCAGAUAUGCAGCUCACACUCAAUGAGAUUUACAACUGGUUCUCCAGGACCUUUGCAUAUUUCAGACGCAACGCUGCCACCUGGAAGAACGCUGUCCGGCACAACCUGAGCCUCCACAAGUGCUUUGUGCGCGUGGAGAAUGUGAAAGGUGCAGUGUGGACGGUGGAUGAGGAGGAAUAUCAGAGGAGGAGGUCUCAGAGGAUCACAGGGAGUCCAUCACUGAUGAAAAGAGUCUCCUCAGGUCUUCCUCUGGCCGCAGUUCUGCACUCCAGCUUUCAGGCCUCGCUGGGAGAAGCAUCGCUAAACCGACUCAAUAAGGAGAGUUUUAGACUUAGAGAGGAGAACAAAACAGCAGAAGGCAAAAGCGUCCAAAAACAAAACCCCUCUUCUGAGGUCCAACAGCAACUUUUUUUGGAAGAUGGGGAGCUGAAUUUAAAUGAGGAAGAGGUUCAGCUGCCAAGAGUCAAACCAGUCAGUCUGCAGCCAAACAUUCAUGGAAGCAACGAGGAGCUUUUAUUUGGCCUUGAAUGACCCUUCAGGUGUGACUCAGAGCUGCCACUUUAAUUUAGAUAAUAAAACCUGCAUCCGUGGAUUAAGAUUCCCAUGAUUUGUUAGGUUUGCAGUUAUUCAGCACGUCCUGGGACUCCAUCCAGAUGUUUGAUUUAAGGAUCCAUCCAGAUGUUUGAUUUAAGGAUCCAUCCAGAUGUUUGAUUUAAGGAUCCAUCCAGAUGUUUCAUUUAAGGAUCCAUCCAGAUGUUUGAUUUAAUGAUCCAUCCAGAUGUUUAAUGUAAGGACCCAUCCAGAUGUUUGAUUUAAGGAUCCAUCCAGAUGUUUGAUUUAAGGAUCCAUCCAGAUGUUUGAUUUAAGG